AUGCACUCCAGUGGCAAACAGUUGCAGCCGAGUCCUUUCGCCGUCCUGCUCCUUUUCGUCAUUGCUGUGAGUUCGGCAGGAGAUGGGAGUGCCACCUCGGGUGGGAGCCUAAGUCGCUCGAAGCGCUUCGCCAUUUUCAAUGGCUCGGGCACAAACAAGAUUGUCUUCGGCCUGGCCUUUCCCAUCAAGCAGCAGGAUACGUUGCAGUCGGUUUGGGGAUUCAUCAACUACCAGGCGCAAUACGUGCCAGCGCCCGUCCCAAUUUACUGGUGGAGUUUCUGGAACACCUCGACUUUUGUUACCACGGCCAGGGAAUGGCGGAAAAAUGCCCAGAGCAGGAUUCGCCAGGACGAGACUAGAAUUUGGCUGUACGAUGUCGUGGAAACGGGCUUGGAGCGGUUUGGAGAUCGGAAUGCCGGCGCUUGUCUGCUCAGAAGUAUCUGUGAGAUAUCCCAAAGGCCCUUCGUGCACAGCAGCAUUUUCAGUGAGAUACUCAAUGCAAUGUUGGUUCCAUCUUUGGAUAAUGUUCCUGAAAAGUAUCUGCAUGCCAGAGAUGCCGGAAAAGCGGGUGCCAAUUGCAGAAAAACCUUUAACGACUGCAGCAAGAAGCUUUGGAACAAACUUAUGCAAAUGGCAAAAACCACUUUCCUAAAAAGUUAA